GUUAAAAUUAAUGGUUCAAGUGAAAAUCAGGAACACAAUGAAGUAACCAGUGAAAAACUUGCUAAUGAUAUAAAUGAUGGAAAAUCGCAAGAUGUAAAUAAUGAGAUAGAAUAUAUUGACAUGAACGUGAACAAUGAGAAAGAUAUCAGUGAUACACCUCAACAAAAAACUGAAUGUGAAAGGAUAAUGAAUACCCCACAGAGGAUUCCAGCACAGACUUGUAUAAUGGGUGAUGUGUCACUAACACCCACACAUAGAACUUUUACACCACAAACCAGUAACCCUCACAAUGCAAUGGUUGCAAUUACUCCAAUUGCAACGGAAACUAGUCAAGCAAAAAGCAGUAUAAAGUUACAAAAUUGUGUUUCAUCUGUGAGUUUGGGAUGUGAAUUAAAACUAUUAGACAUUUAUAGUCGUACAAGGUUUUCAGAAUAUAAUCCAGCACGGUUUCAUGGUGUAGUUAUGAAAAUACUUGACCCUCGGGCAACAGCUCUAGUUUUCAGGUCUGGGAAAAUAGUCUGUACUGGUGCUAGAAAUGAACAUGAUUCAUAUAUUGCCGCUAGAAAAUUUGCUAGAAUUAUUCAAAAACUAGGAUUUCCAGCAAAAUUUUUAGAUUUUAAAAUACAAAACUUCAUCGCCACAGCUGAUCUCAGAUUUCCUAUACGAUUGGAAUCAUUACAACAGGCCCAUGGUCAAUUUUCUUCAUAUGAACCGGAAUUAUUUCCUGGACUAGUUUAUCGAAUGGUGCGCCCAAGAGUUGUAUUACUAAUAUUUGUAAAUGGGAAAAUAGUUUUCACAGGUGGAAAAACAAGAAAUGAAAUAAGCGAAGCUUUAGACAUUAUUUAUCCUAUUUUACGAAGUUAUAGAAAAAAUUGACCUAUUGACUAUAAACUAUAAGUUUGACCUGGCAAUGUUAUUUUAAGAAUAAUUAAAAUUGUGUUAAGAAUUUACAUUUUUAAUUUCUUUUGCUUGUAUGUAAUAUUAAUAAUUACUUAAUAUUUUGCAAACAGAGCAAAGUAGACUAACAUGUAUGCUACAACAUGGAAGCUAGACAAAUGCCCACCACACAACUAUUCAGCAAGCAGUAUGUGAUAUUCAAAAAGACUAGAUCAAUAA